AUGAGCCAAAGCGAUGUUGAUGAAAAUUAUAUUGAAAUUGAUAGUCAAGAAGAGGCUUCAAGUGACCUUUUUUUCCAGCAAUCAAGCCAAAAUAAAGUUAAUGAGGUUGCUAGUAUAGAAACUCCUAGUGAUCUUUUUUCUCAACAAAUGCCUACCAUUUCAAUUACCCAUAAUGGAAUAUCCAAGAGGCAUCCACAUGAAACAUUAUCAAUACCUACAUAUGGACAAAAGACAGGUUUUGCAUGGCGAAUCCAGGAUAGAAAGCUUGACAAAAAUGGAGAAGUUUAUAA